ACGGUCUCAUUCUCGGCCACGACCUGACAUACGUUCUCCUGCACCCGCUGCACCUUCCGACUCUCCUCUCCCUUUCAAUGGCGUCCCCUCCCCUCCUGUUCCCUUGCCUCCCUUCCCCUUCCACUCCCCCCAUCAGCUGCUGCUGCUCCGGGAUG